UAUGUGCUGAUCACUAGCUAGCUGCAGCCAUGGCCCAUGCAAGAAGCAUCCUCAUACCCACGUACUACCUGAUCAGCUGCUACAUCUUAUUUCUAGCCGCCUACGCGACUCCUCGCGCCGCCGCGCUGUCCUUCGACUACGACUUCACUGUCCCGAGGGACCGCAAGCAGCUCAAAUUCAUCAACGCCUCCUACGCCGGCCGCGACCGGAUCAUCCUCACCGACGACAGCUCCAACCUCACCGGCCGCGUCGUGCACCGAAAGCCCGUGCGCCUCUGGGACGACCGCACCGGCAGGAGGGCUAGCUUCACCACCAGCUUCCGCUUCGCCAUCGUCCAGGACAGCGACAGGACGGACAACCUCUCACGGGGCGACGGCAUGGCGUUCUUCCUCGGGCCCUUCCCGGCGACGACCCCUCCACCCGGCUCGGACGGCGGCCUCCUCGGGCUCUUCAGCAACCCCAACAGCACGGGGACCGCCGACUCGCGCCGCCCGCCGCACACCCUCGCUGUCGAAUUCGACACUCGCUGGAACCACGGUUGGGAUCCCUCGAACGGGGACGGCGCCAGCGGUGGCGACCACAUCGGCGUCGACGUCAACGGCAUCAGGUCCAACCGGACCAGAAGCCUGCCGCCGUUCAGCCUACAUGGAAUCAUGUUGGCGAGCGUCACGUACGACGGCGAGUCCAAGGUGAUGAAGGUGGCGCUUCGGAAAACCGAGCUGGCGUCCGAGUCGAGCACUACGUACGAGUUCAACGCCACCAUGGAUCUCAGAGACAACGCCGGCCUUGUACAGGACGCCGCCGUCGGGUUCUCCGCGGCCACCGGUGUCCUUUGCGAGUCGCACCAGCUGCUCGCUUGGUCCUUCCACUCCACAGAUCCAUCUCACACAGAGACAAAAAUGUGGGUGAUAUUCCUAGCUGUUUCGGCAGUUUUAUUAGCCGGUUUACUAGCGGCUCUUCUCGCUCUUCUCUAUACUAAAUUUAUGAAAAGGCCAAGACGGUGCCUCGAUGGAAAUUGUUUGCAAGUUGCAAGAAAAUUCUCCUACUCUGAGCUGGUAGCGGCGACAGACAACUUCUCGCAAGAUAGGAAGAUCGGCAAGGGUUCCUUCGGUGACGUGUACAGAGGGUUGCUACUUGUGCCAGACCUGCGGGAGGUGGCGGUGAAGGAGAUGCGGCAUCCAACAUUGAAGCAGAACCGGAAGAACUACGUGCAUGAGAUCGAGACCAUAUGCCAGCUGCGCCAUAAGAACCUCCUACGGCUCAUCGGAUGGUGCGACGAUGGUGGCCGGUUGGUGCUCGUCUACGAGCUCGAACCCAACGGUAGCGUCAGCGACCAUCUCCAUGAUGGCGGCGCUAGUGGGAGAAUAUUGACAUGGCCGCAGAGGUACAAUAUCCUUCUCGGUAUCGCAGCCGCCAUUGACUACCUCCACAAUGGUGCCUAUGACUCAACAAAGAGGUACGUGUUGCACCGGGACAUAAAGCCCAGCAACGUGAUGCUGGGAGAGGGCUUUGAGGCCAAGCUCGGCGACUUUGGACUCGUAAGACAGGUCAUCCGCCAUGGAGGCGGGGGUACUCCUCGGACAACCGUUAUCGGGAGUACGGACUACAUGGACCCCAAGUACAUCGAGCUCGGCACGCUGAGCUCUGCCUCUGAUAUAUACAGCUUUGGGUUGGUGCUGCUAGAGGUGGCCACUGGCGUGAGACCGUCCGUCCCGGGAACGGCAGCACACCGGAACACCCUCAUCGCGGCCGUCACGGAGUCUCACAGCAGAAAAGCCAUCCUCGAGAUGGUGGAUGAGCGGCUGAGAGGGGAGUUGAAUCAGUGGUGGUGGCAGAUGGAGCGUGUCAUGAUCACCGGGCUAACAUGUGUCGAGACGGCGCGUGACGACCGUCCAUCUAUCAAAGAUGUCAUCGACCUGCUCUCCAAGCACGAGCAAUCUCCGGCAUCUAGCCAUUACCUCAAAGAUACUUCAAUGAGGCACAAGGAUUGAUUUCCUUUCAUACUAACUAGGAAUGUGGCUCUCGCAAAUGCAAGGGAAACAUCUUUAGCGUAGUGAACAUGUCCGUGAAAUAAUAUGAGUUCAUAGAUAUUAAAUAUGUGGAAUUUUAAAUCCUAUAGCUCUAUAGGCGUGUACAAGGUUAAGUUAAGUAAAAUAUCUCUAGUGUGGCAAAUAUUUUUGAAUCACGGUAAUUUGUGGGCACAAUGGUUGUAACAUUUCCGAAAACACCAUGUCACUGUGCUUUGAAACUUCGUCUAUUCUUAAAGUAGGGAGCGCUAUUGUGAUGUAUUUUUCCGAGAGGACGUCGAGCGCACGGAGACACCUGAU